CGGUCCAAAAAAAAAAAAGAAUUUAUAUAAAAACAAAAGUCCAUAACGAAAUUCCCGGAUUACCCUUCGUUCCCACAUGCGCCCAUUACUCCACAGCCAUUCACUUGCCCCCGCCUCCGUUUCGAAUUCACUCUUCUUCUUCUUCAUCUGUGAGGACAAAACAGACGAACAACAAAAGGCGAAGGAACCAUGUUGGAAGAAUCUCUGUUAUCGGUUAUGUACAGUUGGUUCACACCCACUGUCCUCUUCGUCUUCCUCAACCUCAUGAUCGGCACCAUUGCCAUCACUUCUUCCUUCUCCUCCUCCUCCUCCACCAAACCCAACGAUCCAAAUCAUCCUCAGAUCCAUCGCUCUCCUUCUGUUCUUCACCGUCUCAAGUCCAUCAGCUUCUCCUCCCUCACUUCUCCCGACAAAACCCAGCUAGGGUUUCCUCCUCCGACCGCCGCCUCAACCCCCGAUGUGGUCGACCUCCAUUCCCAACCCCACCCCGCUUCGAUCGAACAGAACCAGACCCAGCCUUUUCCCUCCGCAUCUCCCUCUGUUCUUAGCCGAAUCAAAUCCUUCAACCUCUACGACUACAUUUCCCAGGAACCCACCUCCUCUUUCUCGGCUUCCGAAUCAUCGCCGCCGCCGCCGCCGCAGAUCCAUGAAACCCUAGACGCGAAAACUGUGGAAGGGGAAGGAGAAGAACAAGCCGAACCGGCCCUUGAGGAUGCCUACAACAAGCUGAACGUGAGCCACGUGAACCACAUAGCUCGGACCAAGUCCGACACCGAGCCUGCAGCCGGAACCGUACCUCCGAAGCUGCCGAAGAAGAUGAAGAAAUCCGCUAGCACAAAGUCGCCGUUCUCUCACUUCGAGGAAGGGGAAAUCGCCACGGUCGAGGCUCGCCGACCGGCUACGGUGAGGGAAGGGAGGGUUACGGCGGAGGAAGAAGACGGCGACUCCUCCGAUGAGGAGGUGGACGCGAAGGCCGACGACUUCAUCAAUCGGUUCAAGCAACAGCUGAAGUUGCAGAGGAUGGAUUCCAUUACGAGGUACAAGGAGACGGUGAAGAAAGCGAAUCGGAAGUAAAAAAAAAACAUCCGUGGUGGAUCAUGUUGAUUAUGUGUUAAUUUUGGACGUCAUCGAAAAUUCAUAAAAUUUUCUUGGGGUUUUCUUUCUUUUUC